AUGACGAAGACCAAGCGCCGGCUGAUGAGAAGCGAUGAAGGGCAACAACGCCCUCACAAAAGAGCAACUAGGGCAACUUUGGAUCGCUCGAGGCAAUCCAGUCCAGGCGCCUUGGGUGAACUCAGUGAGCAAGUAGUUUCAAGAUUGUGUAGGAGUCUUGUGUUGGUCGCCUCAUUCCAUGGUGAUAACAAGUUAGGGGAAUACACAGGCAUAUGCAUCGAAACCGCACGUCCUGAUGCUACAAGUUUCCUGACAUCAAGACGUUUGAUUCCACUUACUUGGCCUACAGGGAAGAUCACUGAAAAAUUAACGAUUCAAGUACGCCUUCCGAACGGCCGGAUUGUCACUGGCUGGAUAGAGCAUCCUGGGAGAUAUGUUGAUUUUUUCAUCGUCAACGUCAAGGACUUGUCUGGUUCUGAUGCCGUGCCUAUAAGCCUUGAUCGUGACAUGCAGUUUGAGCCUUAUAGGAAGGUAGCAGCUGUAUGGCGCGAUUUCAGUUCAGGAGUUUUAAGGGCCACAAGCGGAGUUGAUCUUGCCUCUCUCAGCGCUCUAACCAGUGAGACAAUGUUAAGCACAUGCCGGAUCGGCAAGGCUGGGAUUGGAGGCCCCCUUGUUGAUUUUGAUGGUAACUUUGUUGGGAUGAACUGCUCUCGAACCAGAAUGAAAAAGACCCCCUACGUGCGAAGGGAGCAAAUCCUUCAAUUCUUGGAGUAUUACAGGAUGGUCAGUGUUAGAGCUAAGGAAGAGAUUGAUGAUGCUGAAGAACCCGGAAUCGAAAGUGAGAUGAAACAACUACUUUGCAGCAUUCCAGGAGGCAAGCGUAAGAUUCAUUUUCUUGAAACAAAUUUCGUCGACGAUAUCUGGAGUAAACUACCCAAAGGCGUUGCUUCAAAAAUGUCUCGAAGGGUUGUCUCACUUGCUUCAUUCAAUGGAGUUGCAAAAUUCUUUGCUUGCACUGGUGUAUUUGUAAAGUGCAAUGCAUGCUCUGCAACAAUUCUGACUUCAGCAAGUUUGGUUAGAGUUUCUGGUGAUGCACACAGGAUUGAUGAUAACCUGAGGAUUGAAGUUUGCCUUCCAAACGAAUUUCGAGUCGUAGGGAUACUGAACCGUUAUAAUUUACACUACAACGUUGCUCUUGUUGACAUCAUGGGGUACUGGGGCCCUCGUGAAAUACAAAUCAGCCGGCGUCAAGUUACCUCAUGUAAUAAGGUAAUAGCUGUGGGUCGUCUUUUUACUUAUCACAAUAUAAUGGCUGCAAAGGGGAAGUUGUUGAUUGGCAAACGAAGCAAACUCGAUUGCAUAGAACUUUGCGUCUCCACCUGUAAAAUCACUAAGGCUGGGAUUGGGGGCCCUCUUAUUGACUCUGGUGGGAAUUUUUUGGGUAUGAACUUUUACCAUGAGGAAGAAACUCCGUUCCUGCCGAGGGAUGCUAUUCACCGCCUAUUGUUCAACUUAAAUAAAGGAUGGACUAGAGCAGGUGAUACUGUUGUUGAGGGUGACGAAAAGAGAUGCCUGUUGCCUGGCCCAUGUUGGUCCCAUGGAGAUGCUGAUACUAUUGCCGAGGGUGGUGUAAACAAGUGGCCGUUGCCUGAGCCAUAUGUGCUCCCUGCUGAUAUACCUGAACCUACUACAUUGGAUUUCUACAAGCUGAUUAGGAUGCACUGUGCUUUUUAG